AUGCCAGUUGUUGUUUUGAUUUGUGAGAUUACUGAAGACAAACUCAAUGCUCUGAUCAAAACAGCUGGAGUAACUGUUGAGCCUUUCUGGCCUAGUCUAUUUGCCAAGGCUUUGGCUAAUAUUGAUAUCAACAGCCUGAUCUGCAGUGUUGGUGCUGGUGGUAGUGCCCCAGCUGCAGCAGCUGUCUCCACUGCUGCCCCUGUUGCUGCUGAAGAGAAAAAGGAAGAGAAGAAACAGGAAGAGUCAGAAGAGUCUGAUGAUGACAUGGGCUUUGGUCUUUUUGAUUAAAUGUAACAUGCAACAUUGUUAGAAUUAAAAAGAAAAAAAUACA